AUGACGGAGCAGCAAAGUCCCCCCGAGCAGAUGGCGACUGGGGAGGGUGCCAGCGAGCCAGGUGGCAAUUACAAGAUCACGAUCUAUGAGCUGGAGAAUUUCCAGGGGAAGAAGUGCGAGCUGACGGAGGAGCUCUCCAACAUCAACGAGCAAGACCUGGAGAAAGUGGGCUCCAUCCAGGUGGAGUCUGGCCCAAAGAUGGAGUGCGUGGACAGCCCCGUCCCCAGCCUCUGGGCUCACGGCUUCCAGGACCGCGUGGCCAGCGUCAGGGCCCUGAACGGAACGUAA